AUGGCGCUAAAAACAGUAGUAGCACUGUUGGUGAUGCAACGGUAUGAAGUGCGGACACUACCGACACCGCACAAUCAUGAACCGAUAGGCAACCAACUGGAGGAGGCGGAAGAGGAAGAACGCAUCCUCAACUUUGUCACCGUUCGUCCGGAAUACUUUGAGAUCAAUCGUGCUCGACCAAUUAUCGACUGGAUAACGGGAGUCAUCGGUACGCCGGUGUUUGCCAAUGAUACCCCGGGACCCUCGCAGAACUGUACCGCUUGUACGUGCGGAACGCAACCCCCCACCGGCGAACGGAUCGUCGGCGGUACAACGGUUGAGGACAACAGUUACUCGUGGAUGGCCGCACUGUACUACAACAAUCUGUUCAGCUGCGGUGGCUGCCUGAUCUCGGAUCGCUACGUCAUCACCGCAGCCCACUGUACGGCCAAACCGGACAAGGGCCAGUUUCGCGUCCAGUUCGGCAUUCACGAUCGCACCCGCCCUACCGGAGCUUCGGUGGAGCGCAGCGUGAAGCGCAUCCUGACCAACUGGUACAACGCGUUCAACAACAACAACGAUAUAGCGUUGAUGGAGCUCACUUACCCGGUCGCGAUCGGUGACCAGCUGGUUCCGAUCUGUCUUCCACAGGCGUCGGCGAUGUACGAGGGUGUCCGGGGUGUCAUUACCGGGUGGGGGCGCACAAAGACGGGCGGUGGUCUAUCCGGUACGCUGCAGCAGGCCGAGGUACCGAUCCUGACGAACCGCGAAUGCCGCCGAGCCGGCUACUGGGCCUUCCAGAUCACGAACAAAAUGAUCUGUGCCGGGUUUCUGGAAGGUGGCAAGGACUCGUGCCAGGGAGACAGCGGUGGACCGUUGCAGGUGCUGAACGAGAGUACGAAUCGGUACGAGCUGGUUGGAUUAGUGUCUUGGGGCCGUGCUUGCGCUCAAAAGAACUUUCCGGGUGUGUACACUCGCGUCAACCAGUACCUGUACUGGAUUAACCGCAACAUCAAGGACUCCUGCCAGUGCCUGCAGUGA